AUGGUCAAAUUCUACCAGCAUACUUUCAAUUAUGACCACCCAUGGCAAAAUGUGACCUAUGCAUUCUGGCUACGAUAUCCCAAUCCAUUUGCUUCUCAUGUGCUAGCGGUGGAUGUAUUGGAUCGUUAUGUGGACGAGAAGGGUGUAUUACGAACAACUCGGCUUGUUUUGAAGAAAGGCAAGCUGCCCAAAUGGUUUCCCAAACAUUUUCUGAAAAACUCGGAGGCGUUUGUGAUUGAGGAAUCAGAAGUGGAUCCCAAGAAUAUGACGAUGGUGACACGCACCAAGAACUUGAACCAUGUUCGUAUUAUGCAAGUUGUCGAGACACAAAUCUUCAAACCCAAUGGUGAAUGGUCAACCUCUUGUAAAUCAGAAGCACGCAUUGUAUCUCGUUUUGGAUGGGGACUCGCAAGCAAAAUCGAAUUAUUUGGACAGAGCAGUUUUGCUGCCAAUGCAUCGAAAGCUCGCAAGGGUAUGCGCCACAUUCUUCAGAUGAUUCGAGAAAAACAAGCGGGUGGUCGAUUGCCUUUUUAUUAUCCACAACAUCAGUAA